UCCUCGGCUUGGGGCCGAAUCUAAAACUGAAAGAGAAUCGAAUCGAAUUCAAUCGAAUCUAAUUGAAUCGCCGUGAGAAAGACAAGCUAGUCUAGUGACCGACCGACCGAUUCAGAGUGUUACCCAAAAACCAAGAUGCGGUGGAAGACAGAGAGAGACAGUACCCAGAGCAGCCCCAGAUUGGUUUCGAUCUGCGAACUACGAUCUGCAACCUACGACCGACCUCCACGAUGCGACAUCGCCGCCGCCUCAUCCAUUCGUCGUCUAUUCCAAAUAAAACAUAAAACAGAACAAACACAUAACGAAAUGAACAAGUCGAUCAGAAUCGAACCCAAAACUGAAUGCAAAACCGAAAUUGAAAAGCAGACGAUGACGAUGGACGUUGAUGAGCUGCCCGGGUCAAAAGGCCAGCCCACGUAUUAAAGCCCACACUGAUUGAAAAGACGUGGGCUGGCCUCUUGCGUUAGCCAUUGUGAGUGUGAUGAGGGUGCGAAUCGAAUCGAAUCAAUCGAGUGUGGUUAGAUGAGAAGCUUGCGUUCGCUAAUUCUGAGAUGAUGUGAUGGUCUUGGCGACGAUGAGGGAUGAGCAUAUGACGAUGAUCGAUCGAUGACGAUGACACGAUGCUGCGAUGCUGGUCGCGCGUUCAGUUACCAACUUCGGCUAGUGCCUCCGAACUUAUUCCUUCCCCCCAUUCCCGGUUCUUCUGGCUUCCGGCUGCGGCUCUGGCUUAUGGCUGCGGCUCCGGCAUACGGCAUACGGCUACCGGCCCCGUCUCCGGCUGAGACUACCGACUAGACAACCACCAACCCAACCCGUUGGAGAAGCGAGAGCAGCGUCCCGAAACGUAUUUCUUAUUUUUGCAGUUCGUUUGUGCGUGAGGUGCCGAUGCCGCUGGUUGUUGUCCGCCUCUGACCGGCAAACUGCUCCAAAUGCUCCAUUCUCCGGCUCUCUGGUGCGGUGGUUCUGGCCAGCGAUGUCUGCUCUGAUCUGAUCUGACCUCCUGACUGUAUCCGGUGUGUGGCUUCCUCCGAAACGAAACGAAAACAGCUACCGCAACACUUGAAUACCUUUUUGCCAUUUAUAAUAUGAUUCUGUUGUACAUGAAAAACAUAACAAAACUGUGUACUUGGUGGUACGUACGUGGCCAAAUGAAAACGAAUACCAAAUCCAAUCAAACAAAACGUAACGAGCUCUGGCCAUCCAUCCGCUCAUCCGCCUGCCUGGCCACUGGUUCUCUUCUGGCUGACUGGUUGAGUUAACGAUGUUCGAUCGGACUUUCGAUGAGGUCAUGAGGUGUCCUUGGUGUCAUUGGCCCACAGUUACUAGGCAGACAAUCUAAACUCUCGGUGUAGAAACGAUGUGUGUGUCCUCCUCUCUCUGAAAGCGCAUUAAGAUCUCAAGGAUUACAUGCGCCAGGCUGGCGAGGUCACCUAUGCCGAUGCCCACAAGCAGCGCCGCAAUGAAGGCGUCGUUGAGUUCGCCUCGUUGUCGGACAUGAAGACGGCCAUUGAGAAGCUGGAUGACACCGAGCUGAACGGCAGGCGCAUCCACUUGGUCGAGGAUCGUCGUGGAGGACGCAGCGGUGGUGGUGGCGGCGGCAGCGGACGUGGACGCUCCCGUUCGUCCAGCUCGCGAUCGCGCUCCCGAUCCCGCAGGCGCUCUCGCUCCCGCCGCUCGUCGCACUCGCGCUCCAAGUCUCGCAGCCGCUCCAAGUCGCGUGGCGGUCGCUCCAAGUCCAAGUCGCCAGUCAAGUCUCGUUCUCGCUCCCGCUCGCGAUCCAACAAAUCGCGUGACGUGUCCAAGUCCAAGUCGAAGUCCCACUCCCGCACCCGCUCCCGUUCUCCCAAACGUGAGCGUGACUCCCGUUCCCGAUCGCGGUCCGUUUCGAAGCGCGAGUCCCGAUCCCGCUCACGUUCCAAGUCCAUCCACCGCGACUCCCGCUCACGCGAUCGAUCCGCAUCGGCUGAAAACAAGUCGCGUUCGCGCUCCCGCUCCCGUUCGGCCUCGCCCAAGAAUGGAAACGCCUCACCGGACCGCAAUAACGAGAGCAUGGACGAUUAGAUUAGUUAGCUGUCCCAUUAAUAUUAAAGCACUUGAUUUUAGACUUCUACUAUAACUAUUCUACAAACAUCAACACUCAGACACCCCGACUACAGCCAAAACUUAAUGAAUGUGAAAUCAUACCAAUCCACCACUGUCGGGCCUCGUCAUUUUCUGUUAAAUAUAUAUAUCCACAAUUGGUCCUAAGUCUUGUGGACAUGGGCAAUGGGCUGGAAGAUGACAGGGAUCGGCUGAAUGUGCCGCUUUGGAUUCAAGGAGUACAUAUAGGCCACGGAAUUACUGCGACUUGUACACCGGAACACUUAAAAUUGUCUACGAUGAGUAAUUUCAAUAAAUACGGAUAAAUUUAAACUUUAAA